CCGGAUUUGUAAUAGAAGAAACAUUGAUGAAACGAACAAAAGCAACUGCGAAAAUUCUGCAACAAGAGGAUAUUGCUGUGGGAAAAAAUAAAGAUGAGGAGAUAUCGACAAAAAUUCAAACGACGCCGGUUGCAUUGGAUAAAAGACCAAAACUAAAUCUGAAGUCCUUACGAAAUCAAAAUAGUAACAAUGUAUUGGAUCCUCCCAGUAUUGCAUCCUCAAAAAAAUUCAAGAAUCUUCAUAAAGAAUCAAACAUGGGAGCCACACAUAUCGAAAAAGAAGAAGAAGAAGAAUUGAAACCAAACACGAGUCCUGGCAAGGGAAAACAAAGAGCUGUUGUGGACUUGCAGAUGAUGAAGGAGGAACUGAGCCAGUUAGAGGAUCCUCCUGUCACACCUUGGGAGAAAGAAAUAUCCUCUAACCGACUGCAAUAUGAAUUCUUCGACAUUCCUUGUGAAGAGCUAGCGCAGAAAUUACUAGGAAAAGUAUUAGUAAGGUACUUUGAGAAUGGAAUCAUCCUCAAGGGUAGGAUCGUAGAGACCGAGGGAUACUUGGGCACGAUCGACAAAGCGUCGCACUCUUAUCAAAACAAAGUUACACCGCGUAAUCUGCCAAUGUUCAUGCCGCCGGGGACCAUUUACGUUUACAUGACAUACGGCAUGUACCAUUGCUUCAAUAUCUCUAGUCAAGGUGAUGGAUGCGCGGUACUGGUGCGAGCUGUCGAUCCCUUGGAGGGUAUCGAGCACAUGGCUGAUCAACGUAAUACCUCGACGAAGACGAAGAAAGUCGGUUUAAAGCCGCACGAGUUGUGCAACGGCCCGGCAAAGCUCUGCAUGGCGUAUCAGCUUAACAGGCAGCACAGCAGGUACUCUCUCUGUACGUGGAAGAGUUUGUGGAUCGAGGACGAUGUGUCUGGGGAGGAGGAUUUUAAGAUCGUCGAGUCAACCAGGAUCGGAAUCGAUAGUUACGGCACGGAAUGGGCCAGCAAACUUUUGCGUUACUACGUGUAUGGCAAUAAGUCGGUCAGCAAGAAGGACAAGAAAGCGGAAACGAAGAUUUCUUAACAGCUCAAACUGUUCUGUCAGAUCCGGUCUGCUCUUUCUCGUAUAAAGACGAUCGAGAUAUUCGAUUUUAAUAUUUCCUGUAAAUCUAAGCGAUCAUGAAGCGAGAGAUUGAAGAAGGUGGUCAUUUGAGUGAAAUAUUGUAUUAUUAUUGGAGAACCACAAAUAUUCUGUCAUUUUAUUGGAGGAUUGAUAAUAUCAAAGUCGAUGCAUGCUAUUGAUUCAUGCUGUGGUCCAUUAAUUAUUAUUAGUUCAUAUAAAAGCACGGACAUCUCCAAUAAUAAUUCUGGUAAACGUUAAUACUGUAUAUGUGAUAUAGUUAUUUAAAUAUAAAGCACGAUUUAUUAC